AUGGUAAUAUUCAUGAAAAAUAUAAUAAAAGCAAAAGUGCCAGUAUUGUCAUAUUAUGGAGAUACUGAUAUUAUUUGCAAUUAUUUGUUAGGCGAGAGAUUUGCUACACAGCUUGGAAUUAAAUUAUUAACGCCAAAAAACCCAUGGAUGUUUGAAAACCAAAUUGGAGGUACUGUAACUGAAUAUGAAGGAUUUACUUUAUUAACCGGUAAAUUAUUAAAAUAA